GCGGGAGAGACGAAGUAGUUUCUAGCCUUUUUCUGGCACUUUAAAGCCCCAGCUUUGCUUGUGUACCUGUCGGGUUAUCCAGCCAUACAGCAGAGGACCUAAUCUGUACAAACUUAACUUAACAUAAUGCCUCGGGGCGGGAAAAAGGGCCACAAGGGCAGAGGGAAGCAAUUCAGCAACCCCGAAGAGAUUGACCGACAGAUGAAGGCGCAGCGAGAGCUGGAGGAAACUGCUGGUGCUGAGAGAGGGAGCUCUUCAGAGUCUGAAGAAGAAAGCAGCAGUGAAGAUGAAGUUGAGUCCAAGAAGAGGAGUGGUGUCGAGGGACUUAUAGAGAUAGAGAAUCCCAACCGUGUGUCUCACAAGAGCAAGAAGGUGACUGAGGUAGACAUCAAUGCUCCCAAAGAGCUGUCUCGAAGGGAGAGAGAGGAGAUAGAGAAGCAGAAAUCAAAAGAACGCUACAUGAAGCUUCAUCUUGAGGGGAAGACUGAGCAGGCCAGGGCUGACCUGGCCAGACUGGCCAUCAUCAAGAAGCAGAGGGAGGAAGCCGCCAAGAAGAGAGACGAACUCAGGAAAGAAAAAGAAGCCGAAGAAGCCAAAGGAAAGCGUUAGUCCUCCAUCUGCAAGCUUCCACAUGCACUUCUGUCUCAGAGGGAUGAUAAGAGAGGGAGAUCUGGAGGAGGAGGACAGGAAGGGGACCAAUUCAUAGGCACGUCACAUCAGGGGUGCUCCUGAACUCCCUCAUUUCAAAUCAGAGGGGCGUGGCUCUUCAUGACGGUGCGUUCAAGACAGGGAAAAUGGGUGGAGCAAAGCGAGAUGAAGAGGACUGCAACAUUUGGGAUGCCUCUUGUUUUUCUUAAAUAAUUGGAGGUUUUCCAAGUGCUUCACUGCCUCUUUACUCUUCCCCACCUACCAUGGUUUUAAUUCUGAAGCUGCUGAAGUUAUUUCCAUUCUUCUUGAUUCAUACAUCUUCACAAGUUUACAUACUGAGCGGACAGAUAUCACAGUGAGCGUGCAUGAGGAUUUCUUUGGUGCUUGACUUUUCCUUCCAUCUCGCCUUUUUUGUGAGAAGGCAAAUCGGUGAGUGAUGGAGAAAAGAACACUAUUCAGAGGAUAAACUGAUAUAUAGGAAUAUUAUAUUAAUUUUACAAUGCAGUUUAAUAUGUCGGACAUGUUGCACAAGAUAUUGGUACAGUUUUCUAAAGAUUACAUUUUUUUCCACACCCACAUUCCAAAAUAUUCUGCUUUUUCCACCAGCUUUAUUUGGUCCCAGUGUCAUUUUUGCCAUUUUUCAAGUUAAUGUUGGAAGAAACAGUUGUCUAAAUCUAGAAAGUAGAUAUUUAUAGCUUUUAUCUAUAGCGUUUUUUCCCCCGAUACUUCCCCAAAUUGACACUUUGCUCACUUGAAUAAUCUUGUUGUUCUCAGUUAAAAAGUUUUUCAGAAUGUGUUUUGUACUUCUCCGCUCAAAGCAUCAGGAACAUCACUUGAAAUGCCUGGAAAUAAGCAUUCUUAAAUUGUUAAGCAUCAGUGCUGAAAGCAUUGUCUCAAACUGCCUCAGUUACUGUGGCCUUGCCCUGUUUCUGAUGGGAUCCUCUGCGGUUCUGCAGGAGGGAUUGUGUCUUUGUUGCCUUUUCAAAGUUUACACAAGACCAGCUCACUGUUUUUGUCCCAUUAUUAAAGUGCUACAAAGAACCUGCACCUGCAGUGUGUUUAUUAGGAACACUCGCAUACAAGUGUGCAUGAUAAACUGGUCACUCAGUUUGUGGGGGAUUUGGAAAUGCCUUGAUCAGGAAAACAGUAUUCCCUACAUGAGCAAUAUGGAAGUAGCUUAAAGAACAGACUAGAAACCACAAAGUGUAAGAAAUGUAGCCACAGCAUAAAAAUCCUCAAGUUUUCCAUCAUGUAUUUGAAGUCAUUUUUAAAAAUAAAUUCAUUAAUUAAUAAA